AAAAGUGUUUCUGCCUCGAAUAGCACUCUCAAACGAAACUGAAACUACCCCUUAGGUUUGUUUAUUGGUGUUUGGGGUCAGAAGCUCUUAGCGUUUUCGCUUCAACAAAAGUUAAACUCUUAACAGCAAGUUUUGAAGAGAAGUAAUGUCGGAGUUGAAGGCAAAGUGUUUGAAGAAAGCAGUGGUUCCUUCCACUCUAAUACAGCAUCCAUCCCCUGCCAAUCUUCAGUCUACCCGUCUUGCCAUUCAUAUGAAUGAUGAUAAUGAUUCUUCUUGUUGGGUUUACAUUGCUUCUGGUUCCCGCAUUUAUAAAGUUCUUAUUCCAAUGGAAAAUUCACUGCUCAAUCUUGGAAAGGAGGACCUUCUAAUUCCUGAACAAUGUGAGGUUCUAGAGGCUUCAGUGGUCAAUCGCUGCCCGCAUCGAUCAGAAAUCCAAAGUAUAGUGCUAGCUGAAACUGAAAGCUCUGGUUGCUCAAUGCUGGGAAGCGUGGAUUCUUAUGGUCACUUUAUUGUCUCUAGAUUGGAUGCCAGUGGCGACGAUGUCAACGGGCUUACAUAUUCUGUCUCUCCUCGAGAUUGCGGUGUUGGAGAAGGUAGCUGGGCAGGCCUGUGCUUCAAUCCCACUCAACGAUCCAUGGCAGCUGUGGCUCACAGUUUCUCUAAAACCAUUGAUGUCUAUGACCAAGAUAUUCAUGUCCGCACAUUACGUCCAUUGUGGCAUCCAUCUUCACUUAUGUUCAUGCAAAAUUUGGACUUAGGCGGUGGAAAUUCUGUAUUAGCAGUUGCAGAAGGUUGCCAGCUGACAAUAUGGGACUUGCGAAUGAAAGAAAAGGGUGGUUGUGUGCGUCGAAUCUGUGGAUCUGUAGGAGAUAACUUGUAUGCAGUCUGUAAUUCUUCAAAAGGUACUAUUGCGGCAGGUGGAGCUGAUCGCACUGUGACUGUCUAUGAUCCUCGCAGGUGGUCAGCAGUGUCGAGAUGGCUAAACUGCUCUAAGUAUGAGAUAACUGGACUUGCUUUCUCUUCCGUUGAUCCUGAAUAUGUCUAUGUACAAGGAGUUGACUACGAGGUUGUCUGUGGACGAUGGCGUGAAAGCAAGAAAAUAUUUUCGUAUCGAGGAGAUUCUAAUUGGCUCGGAUUUAGCAAGUGUUCAGACAGGGAUGUCUUGGGAGGUUGGUCCGACUCAGGUAGCAUAUUUGUCGCUGAUAUUCGUGCAGUGAACGGAUUACACCUGUCAAAUGACUUAGAUGUCCCUGCAGCAACCAGUUUAUUUUAAUUUGUUUUUAGGACGGGGCAGGGCGUAUGCCUUAGAAUUUGAGGCGUAAGCCCCCCACGUUAAAUUUAACUUUUGUUGGUUUGAAGUAUUUUUUGCUAUAGAUCAUGUUUUCUUUAUCCGUUUAUAUAAUUUUGAAAUGGUACUUAUAAGUUACUAA